GUCGAGGCAGCAGAAAUAUAUAUUACAACAAGGCUCCAUGUGGAUUACUGCCAGAAACAGAGAAGACAAGUUGUCAAUGAGGAGCUGCUGCAGUUGUUUGGUUGAAACUUUAGCUUCAUAUCAGGCGUUUACCGGCUGUUUGCAGGGCGGAACCGGUUCCUCUUAAUUGCCAGAUUACAGCUCUCUCUGUGUUCGGUACAUGGCGACACUUCUGGGACUGAUUCAACUUAUUAGCUGCAAGUCGCAGCUUGUGUGAAGUUCAUCACUAGCAGCAGCAGCAGCAGUAGAAGAAGAAGAAGAAGACCUUUUAAGGACUUGGAUUAUUGUUGCGCAGGAGUUUUCUUUUUCCUGUUUAAGUUAUAUAUUUAUAUUUUUUUUACCAUAGUAAAGUUAUGACUUCUGUGUGGAAGAGACUGCAGCGUGUUGGUAAAAAGGCUUCAAAGUUUCAGUUUGUCGCCUCUUACCAGGAACUGGUGUUGGAGUGUACAAAGAAAUGGCAACCAGACAAGCUCAGGGUGGUGUGGACCAGGAGGAACAGACGCAUGUGUUCCAAGCUCCACAGUUGGCAGCCCGGAAUCAAGAACCCCUACAGGGGCAUGGUGGUGUGGCCGGUCCCUGAGAACAUCGACAUCUCUGUUACACUCUUCAAGGAGGUCAAUGCUGAUGAGUUUGAGGACAAAGAGUGGACGUUUGUCAUUGAGGGUGAAAACAAGGGGCAUCGUAAGGUGCUGGCAUCAGCAGACAUCAACCUGAAGCGGUUUGCCAGUCUGACGCCGACCCAGACGGACCUGACGUUGAAGCUGAAGCCGCUGUCUGUCAAAGUGGUGGAGGCCACGCUCAAGCUGUCGCUGUCAUGUGUCUUCGUUCGGGAGGGGAAAGCCACCGAUGAAGACAUGCAGAGUCUGGCCAGCCUGAUGAGCGUCAAACCCACAGAUAUCGGCAACCUGGACGACUUCAACGAGAGCGACGAAGAGGAGGACAAGAAGUCUGUCACCGCUUCAGUCGUUUCACACACUCUGAUUCGCCCAAAUCGCCCUGCUCCCCCUCCACCUGACAAGCGUGACUCCGCUGGACCCUCUUUUCCAGCCUCAGCCUGUGGCGGUCCUCCCAGUCCUGCCAUCCACUCCCGCCCUCCUCUACCUAGCGCUCCUCGCCCCUCGCCCCGUCGCAGCCGACACCCCUUCUCCGCCGCCCCCGUCCAAUCAGAGAUCCAUCCUUCCCCCGGCCCCUCCCCUCAGCCCUCACCCAGAUCCAAACAUAAAAGAUCAUCCAACCCUCUUCUCACUGAGGCUUCUUCUGACCCACUACCUAAUCCUCCAGGCUCACAGCUCACGGCGGCUACUCCCUCGACCCAGAGUGCCUCCUCUGUCCCGCCUCUCUCUGAUGUGUCUCCUGCAAAUCCUCCAUCCCCCAAAGCACCCAUGAUCUCACCUUCUUCCCAAAAUAUUUCCUCUUCCCUUCAUCCUCCAUCUUCCCAAUGCUCUGACUCUGUGUCAGUGGAGCCUUCUUUAGCAGCGCCCUCCGCUCCUCUGAAUUCUUCAAACUCCAAAUUGCCCUUUACGCCACCCAUUGCCUCCGAAACACAUAUUACCUCACUAACUCCCAAACUUCCCUCCCCAGCGUUGUCCUCACCCACAAAUAUCAUAACAUCAUCCUCCAUGACUCCCCAAACGGCUUCUCUCACUGUAUCCACCACCCUGACCCAUAAAACCAUCUCUACUGCCUCCCAGUCUCUCCCACCUAAAUCCUCCUCCCCCUCAAAGCCCACCCCGUCCUCUGAGCCUCCGUCCGCUCACCCUCCACUCACACGGACCCCCUCUCAGCCUCCAUCUCUGCCCAGAAUCUUCCAGUCAGGCUCAGGAAAAGUUCCUGCUUCACAUCAACGGCGCCCCCUGGAGGUUAAAACUGCAGAUGAUCUCACUUCCGUCUCUGGCCGUGUUCACAUUUUCAGGCCUCACGUUGUCAAGUCAGUCGACCGCCCCUCCUCUCCCUCUCCAUUUUCCGCUGACGUACCUUCUCCUGAGUCAACUCCUCUCCCCAAAUCUCACCCCUCUAUCUCAGAGUCAGGUGCUCAGGGUGCAUGGUUGACAUCCGGUAGCGACAUCACCCCUGUCCCUCUGCAGAGUAGUCCUGACCUUGAUGCCUUCUGUGACCCUGCUGCUCCAGCCCAUACCGCCUCCCUUCCCCUCUCCUCACCCGCUCGCUCCUCUUCUCUUUCCACCUCUGUUUUAUUCUCCUCUCCUCAUCCUCAGCUCGCUGUCUCUCCUUCUGCUCCGCUCACCUCCUGUCAGUCAGGCUCAACGAUCCCCCUCGCUCAAGUAGACGAGGAAACAACUCCGAGCCGAGACGAGGGUUCUCCUCAUAAUAACCGGGCGGUGGCCAACAUCAGAGCAUCCAACCAGCCGAUCAGACCAGCUCAGGAUUCAAAGGCGGCCGUCACAGAAAACAAAGCUGAACCAGCAAGGAUCAGCUCACACAGAGAAGAUGCUGCUGAGGUGGAUGCCCCCGUCACGCAGGAGCACCAACCAAUAACAGCAAAAGACACAGAAACACCUCACAUAGUCCCAACUCCUGCUGAACCCGGCGCACCACCGGUUAAAGAGGAGCCCAAAGAGCCAGAGGGACCCAGCGUGGAACCAGAAACCUCACCCGAGGUUUCCCCCAAACCAGCCGCCGAGCGCACGGCUUUGGCGCUGGAGCCGCUGCUUCCCUCAAAACCAGAACCGGGACUGCGGCCGGAACAAGUCCUCCAGCCGUCGGGAAAACCACAACAGGAGGGAGCAGAUGAGGAGAAACCGGCCGAGGUCGUGGCUGGUGGUCUGGGGAGUUUCACCAACAAUAAGGAGCCAGUGUGCGAGGCAGAGAAGCAGCUGUGGGCGACGGUGGAGGAGACCACAGCGGAGACAGGAAGAGGGAUGGAAAGUAGUGAAGAGAAGGAUGAGAAGCAGGAGGAGGGUGGUGUAAUAGGGGGUGCCCAGAAAGGUGCACACACAGAGGCAGAUGUGUGUGUCGCAAAGCAGCAGAUGGAGGCGCCUGCUGGCUUCAUGUCAGCAGUAGUUGGGGUGUUGUAUAGAGGCUAUGAGACAGUGGCCUCCAUCCUGCAGACAUCUGGACCCGCUGAUGCAGGUCAUCCUCAACGCCUCCUUAUAUGCGAUGGUCAGCCGACUUUACAUGAAGUAGAUGCAGAGAUGCUGCAUUCCUCUGAGCCAGAUGACGAGCCAUCGACUCCCAUCGCUGUGGACAUUUCUCCACCCACGGCCUUCUCCGACACAACAGAAGACCUGACGAUUACUGAACAGACUGGUUUAGCUCAGAAACCUUCACAUGGGCUAAGUCUGGUGGCAAGUCUGAGAAUGGCAGCUAGUGAGCAGGAGAAGGAGAGAGAGGAGAGGGAGAAGGAGAGGAUAGAAAACAUGAAGAGGGAGGAAAGAGAGAGGGAGGAGAGAGAAGAGGCAGAUAGGAAAGAGAAAGAGAGGGUGGAAAAGGAGAGAGAAGAAAUGGAGAGAGAAAGGAUGGAGAGGGAAGAGGAGGAGAGGAAGAGGUUGGAAAAAGAGCGUAAAGAGCGGGAGAACAAGCUAAGGGAGGAGAGGGAAAGGGCAGAGAAAGAAAGGAAGCAGCACAUUGAGGAAGAAAAUGAGAAGAGGAAGAUGGAAAUAGAGAUGAAGAGAAGGGUGGAGGAGGACAGGGUGAGGCAAAUGGAAGAGGAUAGCAAAAGAGAGAUCCUUUCUGGCUCUACGUCACUGCAGGAAGUCAUGAACAACCAAUCAAAUGACUGGCCUCCUCUGAGGGAAGCAGAAUUGGAUGAUAUUGCAUAUGAUGAGAGGCUACAGGGUGAUGAAGAGCAGUCAGAAAACAAGUCUGAUCCCAAAGUAGUGAAAACGAAUACUGAAGUCAAACCGGUUUCGCCCAGACCUGCUGAUUCUGUCCCUGCAGCCGGAACAACAAGCAAACCUGACUCCAGAACGGUCAAACCCGAGAAAUCUGUAGUUGCUGUUAAGAAAGCCCUGGAUAAACCUGGUCUGAGAUCAGUUAAAAAAUCCAACCUGAAAUCUGGUGCCAUCCCAGUGUGGAUGAGAGAGGAGGAGGAAGAGGAGGUGGAAUAUGAGAGAGGACAGGAAGAUCUGGGCUCCGUCUGGCUGGCUGAGCUGUACAUGGAAGGGGAAGCAGGCCCAGGCCACCCGUCCCCUGCCGUUACCCAGACGCCCUCCUCACUCCCUUCCUGUGGACAAACCUUUUACCAGAGCUCUGCUGCCAGUCAGCCAAAUAAACCUGAACACUCCCUAACCAGUCUGGCAGACCGUCCUCAUCCUAAACCUCCUUUGGGGUCUAAGCAAGAGGAAGGAAUCGGUCAGACAACUAGAGCCAAACCUGCUCCCCAAUAUACUGGAGCACAAAAACAGCCAGCGAAAGGACAGAGAGAUGAUGUGGUCACAAAAACUUGUCACAGCCUGGAGGCAGCAGCCAAUGAGGAGGGAGAACUUGUCCACUCGUCUGUGGUGCCUUGGCCCCUUCCUCUGAGCACUGCCAGCAUGCAUUCACACACCAAGAUACACACAGACACGAACAUCGAUGAGAUAAACAAUGACGCGAGCAUGGCCAACGUAGCUACAGAGUCACACAAGAGUCUUGAAAUGAGGGAUGAUGAAGACAUGAGCAGCCUCAGUUUGAAUACACACACCACAAAGAGUGACAGCCCUCACACAGAAACACACACCCGUGAUCUCAACCGUCUAACCAAAGAGCAGCAGCUCCGAGAGGAGGAGAGGUUGUUAUUGGCUAAAAUCAGUCUGAUGACAGGUGACACAUCCCCUGUCUCUGGCCCUCGCGGCAUGAAGCUCCUCAUCCCCGAUCUCAAUGACAUCGACUGUGACACCACAGAGCUUGUCGAUCGCAGUCAGUACUUGAUACCCUGCAGUGAUACCCUGCAGGAAAUAUCACUAACUGAGGCAGAGGAGCCACCGACCAUUGAGCCGGGGCAAAGUCAAGGAGAGGAGGAUGUGGUAAAAGGCCAAUUGGCCGACCUCCCAGAUGGUGGAGAGAAGAAACCGCCAUCGCAGUUUGGAGACACCUCCAGCACACACACAGACACCCACAUCACUCCUCCCCAUCACUGUGAGAUGACCACAUCUCGACUUCCUACGUUACCAGAAGAGGAAACCUCCGACCUUAAAUCCCCUCAUCCGGCUCCAAUGGUCAGAGAGGAGGCUGACGGGAAGGACGAUGCAGCUGAGGGCCCAGUGAACUCCAUUCAGUCGCUGCUCCAGUGGUGUCAGGACAUCACCAACGAUUACCGGGGGGUAAAGGUCACCAACUUCAGCACUUCCUGGAGAAAUGGCCUGGCAUUCUGUGCCAUCCUACAUCACUUCCAUCCAGACAAAAUAGAUUUUGACCGGUUGUACUCUCAUGACAUCAAGCUCAACAACAAGAAGGCGUUUGACGGUUUUGAGGCGCUGGGCAUCUCUCGCCUGUUGGAGCCGUCCGACAUGGUCCUUCUGUCCGUCCCCGACAGGCUCAUAGUCAUGACCUACCUCAGCCAGAUCCGCUCGCACUUCACCAACCAGGAGCUGAGCGUGCUGCAGAUAGAGCACAACAGCAGCCAGUCCAGCUACGGCCUCGCCCUCUCUGGUCCCGGUCCCACUAACGUCGACGCCGCUGCUUUCUGCAUGGCCAGGCUGAACGAAGGAGUGAGCCUAGAGGAAGGAGGGAGCAGCACGUUGGUCGUCCCUGCACCAAGGACCAAACGACUGGUUAAAGGGGAUGAGUCAAUAACUCCGGUCCCUCCUCCAAGGUCUAUUAAUAAAUCAGCCAAAUCUGGACUGGCUCAGGAUGAAGACACAAAGACAGGAAUCAUUAAUAAUACAGAGUUGCAGAGUACAGCUGAGACCCAGCCUCUCAAACAGGAAGAGGAAACAAUGUGUCUGCAGGACACCAGUCAGUAUGUGCUGAGUGAGCUGGCAGCGCUGGAGACGGAGCAGAAGCACGUCGACAGCAGAGCCGCUGUGGUGGAGAGACGACUGCGAAGCCUCAUGGAAACAGGAAGCGACCGUGAUGAAGAGGAGAGACUGAUCCAGGAGUGGUUCACCCUGGUGAACAAGAAGAACGCUCUGAUACGCAGACAGGACAACCUGGAGCUACUGCAAGAGGAGCAGGAUCUGGAGAGGAGGUUUGAGCUUCUGAACAGGGAACUUCGGGUGAUGAUGGCCAUAGAAGACUGGCAGAAGUCGUCCACUCAGCAGCAGAGGGAGCAGCUGCUCCUCCAAGAGCUGGUGUCUUUGGUCAACCAGCGGGACGAGAUCAUCAGAGACAUCGACGCCAAGGAGAGAGGGGCGAUGGAGGAGGACGAGCGUCUAGAGCGCGGUCUGGAGAUGAGGAGGCGAAAAUACAGCAACAAAGACAAAUGUGUCCUACAGUGAGAAGAGAGGUCACACACACACACACACACACACACACACAAACAAAGAGCUUUUACUACUGCAACCCCGAAGUCACGAAAGAUGAUCUUUCAGGGCUUUUGGGGCUCAAUAUUUCCCUGUUUUUAGUGCCUUUAUUUUCCCAGAGAACUGUUAAAACCCAUUAUGUGGGAAGACAAGAUACAGGCUGCAAAACUGUGUCUUCUUUGAAAGUGUUUUCUUGAAAAUGAAAAUGUGUUUGUGUCAAUUUCAGUCUGUCUUAAGUAUUAUUUUAAUUCUGUUUGCAUAUUUGUAUUUAUUUAAAUGGUGUGUCAGAUUGUUGUUCAUUUAUUGCACAUGUGUUUUGUGUGUUUUCAUCUGUGAGUUUGUUCAGUAUUUGAACACUGGCUUUUUCUUCUUUUUUUGUUAUAAAGAAAAGGUUCCCCUUGUCAUGAUAGGGCUUGUCAGAAUCUGUGCCUUGUCCUUUCUUUUCUUUUGUUGUUUCUGGUGAUAUUCGUCUUACAUUUCUAUUUCAGUCAUUUCCACCCUGAAAGUGAAAAAACAUUUGAUUGCAACAUGCCAACAUGACAUGUUAGAUAUAAAAUAAUAUGAUAAGUCAUGAGCUGGACUCAAACUCACAAUAUUGAGAGUACAGGAUACAGGUUUUUAACUUAACCCCCCAACAUCACAUUUUUAUAAACCCUAAAAGCAUUUCCACUCAUUGCAAUAUUGAUUGUUUUCUUUUCUUAGAUGUUCUUCAUAUUAAGGAGUUACGAAACCUUGUGUGCACACAGACCCUGAAUGCCUUAAACCAACCAUAUAUUCACGUGUAUGGUUGUGAUGUUCAUGCCUGCUUGAUUCACAGAAAUGAACCUGUGUCCUUGGACUACUGUAUGCAUGCUGUUUGAGGUGUGCUGAUAAAGCGGUACACUGCUUCACAUCACUACUGUAAUACCCAUCACACACUGUAUACCUGGAGUUGCUGUCUAUAUUUAUGAGGUGAAGAUGUGAUGAAUGAGUUUGAUAAAUAUGUUGAAGAAACAUAAAUACUGGUUGGUUGCUUAUA